AAAAUCGCUCAACGUGGCUGUGAAAUGAUUUGCUUUUUACAAUGUCUGAUAAUUGUAUUCAAUCAAACAAUGCAGAGGAACAGCUCGACGACGACUUAGCAGGAAUGCUUACAGAAACUCAGGGACUGUUUCAGAACUUCAUCAAAACGCAACGUGAGCUGAAAGCUUCUCAGCUAGAAGCGCGCUUAUCUAUGAACGAGUUAAAUACGCUAAGGCAGCGUAUUAAGUCGGAUGAAAUAAAUGAUCCGUCAGAUUGGAAACAAUUUUCACUAAGUUUAGACAGUAUUUUGAAAACAAUAAGUGAUCGAAAGGAUAUUAAGGAAUAUGAGCAAAUAAUAGUGAAAUUAACGGAAGAAAAUACCAACAUGAAACAACAAUUGAUACAUUCAAAUGUUCAAUACACCAAACAGUUAGACGAAGCUAUAAAUAAACUCAAAGAGGAGUACGGCCGAGAAAAAGCUCAGUACACCAAACAGGUUUCAGAAUUAAUGAUACACAAGGAGCUGGCAGCUUCGGAGGCUUCCAUCCGAUACGAUCAAUUGCAAUUUAAGUUGGAACACGUACAGCAAGACAGUGAACAACGCUACAAUUCGAUGGUGUCGCAAUAUGAAAAUCUCCUGCAAACACUUAGCGAACAGAAGCAAAAACUGCGAGAUGAAAAUGCAGCACUUCAGAAGCGCGAGGAAAAUUUACUUGAAAAGUUGAAUCAUAUUCAGAAUCAUUCUACCGACUAUCUGCUAGGAUUAGGAAAACUCGCUACACCUGUUGAAGGUUCCAAGCGCUAUUCGGAGGUAGUUCAGAUAAUUCCGCGUGCCAGUAGCAGCAACCAACGGCCUGUUCAGCAUCGUGCAGAAAAAGCGAUAGGACCACAGGUUGACAUUACACAGCAAAGAAGUAUAAUCGAGUUGGCAGAAGCGUCCUCGUCGUCGUCCUCAACUAACAGGCCUGCUCAUAGAAACCGAGCUAGCACACCAGACAGUCCACAGCAUCCUGGUUCGGGAGCACACAUUGCUAAACCGCGCAAAAAGAGAAAGUUGCUCAAUCAGUCGACAGGUGCAAACUGAAAUAAUUUUCGCAGGAGAAGAAUUCAUUCAUGCCUGUUUUCUUGUACAUAGUUUAAAUAUGAUCAUCACAUUGUUGAUUCUCUAGUUUGUACUGUAUGAUUUUAGUUUUCCUGUAGCAUAAAUAUUUGUAUUAUGCCAUAUGUCAUAUUUCUCAAACCACUUUGUCGAAUAAUAAAA